CACACACACACACACACACGCUCACACACGCGCGCGCACUCACAUAACGGCGCUUGGCAGGAGCUAGCGGUGGGGGAGAGGAUCGUAUUGGCGUUGUCUGCCGGUUGCCGUAGAGAUGGAGCGCUUCCUGGGUUUCGUCAAGCAGAUCCGUCGCUCACGGAGACGCAAAGGCAAGAAGUAUCGGCCGGAGGAGGACUACCACGAGGGCUACGAGGACGUUUACUACUACGCCUCUGAGCACCUGCACAAUGAGGGGCCGUACACGAAACACUCCAACUCCUCCCGGCCACCUGAUGGGGCCCUGGCCAUCAGGAGACAGAGUAUCCCAGAAGAGUUCAAGGGCUCCAGCCUGGUGGAGCUGAUGAAGAAGGAGGGCACCACGCUGGGCCUCACUGUCUCAGCUGAGGCAUCGACAAAGGAUCUGACAAGCCCAGCGUCCAACAUGGGAGAGGCAUGCCAGCAUCGGCGCCUGCCCCUCCCCCGUUACAGGAGUGACCAGUUGAACGUUGGCGACUACAUCAAGUCGGUGAACGGCAUCAACCUGACCAAGUUCCGGCAUGACGAGAUCAUCAGCCUGCUGAAGAAUGUGGGCGAGCGGGUGGUUCUGGAGGUGGAGUACGAGCUGCCCCCUGUCUCUGUUCAAGGCUCAGGGGUGAUGUUCAAAAAUGUUGAGGUGACUCUACACAAGGAAGGCAACACAUUUGGAUUCGUCAUCCGAGGUGGUGCCCAUGAAGACAGGAACAAAUCCCGUCCUAUUGUCAUAACGACCAUCAGACCAGGUGGUCCAGCAGACAGGGAAGGCACCAUUAAGCCUGGCGAUCGGCUGCUGAGCAUCGACGGCAUCCGUCUCCAUGGCACCUCGCACGCCGAGGCCAUGAGCAUCCUCAAGCAGUGCGGCCAGGAGGCCACGCUGCUUAUCGAGUACGACGUGUCAAUCAUGGAGUCAGUGGCCACGGCGACAGGUCCGCUCCUGGUCGAGGUUGCCAAGACGAUGGGCUCCAGUCUGGGCGUGGCCCUGUCCACCUCCAUGUACUGCAACAAGCAGGUCAUUAUCAUCGACAAGGUCAAGCCCGCCAGCAUCGCCGACAGGUGCGGGGCGUUGCACGCGGGCGACCACAUCCUAUCCGUGGAUGGGACCAGCAUGGAGUACUGCACCCUGGCCGAGGCCACUCAGCUGCUGGCCAGUGCCUGCGAGCAUGUCAAGAUGGAGAUCCUCCCCCACCAUCAGACACGGCUAGCCCUCAAGGGUCCAGAGCAUGUUAAGGUCCAGCGGAGCACACGGACGCUUCCUUGGGAGUCCAGUGCCAACAACAACAGCAACUUCCUCCCUUACCAGCACUAUAACACCUACCACCCUGACCAGUCCACCCGGAGCCAUGCCAAGCAGCAGAAAUCCUCUCCAACAACUCCCUCUGGGCUGUCCUUCUCUCCCACCUCCAUGAGUGCGUACAGCCUGAGCUCGCUGAACAUGAGCACGCUGCCGCGCAACAUGUACCCCACCAGCCCCCGCGGAACCAUGAUGAGGAGGAAACUCAAGAAGAAGGACUACAAGAGCUCCCUGUCCUUGGCUUCGUCCACCCUGGGUCUGGCUGGACAGGUGGUCCACACCGAGACCACGGAGGUCACGCUUGUCAGCGACUCCAUCAUGGGCUUCGGAAUCCAGCUGCAGGGCGGAGUCUUCGCCACGGAAACCCUGACCUCGCCACCGCUCAUCGCAUACAUCGACCCCGACAGCCCCGCCGAGAGGUGCGGCAUCCUGCAGAUCGGAGAUCGUAUCCUGUCGAUCAACGGCAUCCCGACCGAGGACAGCACGCUGGAGGAGGCCAACCAGCUGCUGAGGGACUCCAGCAUCACCAACAAGGUCACCCUGGAGAUUGAGUUCGACGUAGCAGAGUCUGUCAUCCCCAGCAGUGGAACGUUCCACGUCAAACUACCCAAGAAGCCUGGGGUGGAGCUGGGCAUCACUAUCAGUUCUCCAUCUAGCAGGAAGCCAGGAGAUGCCCUCAUCAUCUCGGACAUAAAGAAGGGCAGUGUUGCUCACAGGACUGGGACUCUGGAGCUGGGUGAUAAGCUGCUGGCCAUCGAUAACAUCCGUCUAGAGAACUGUCCCAUGGAGGACGCCGUGCAGAUCCUGCAGCAGUGUGAGGACCUGGUCAAGCUUAAGAUCCGCAAGGAUGAGGACAACUCUGAUGAACAGGAGGUCUCUGGGGCCAUCAUCUACACUGUGGAGCUGAAGAGGUACGGAGGGCCCCUGGGCAUCACUAUCUCAGGCACCGAGGAGCCCUUUGACCCCAUCAUCAUCUCCAGCCUCACCAAGGGCGGCCUCGCCGAGAGAACGGGAGCCAUCCACAUUGGUGACCGUAUUCUGGCUAUCAACAACAACAGCCUGAAGGGAAAGCCUCUGAGUGAAGCCAUCCACCUGCUGCAGAUGGCUGGCGAGUCAGUCACCCUCAAGAUCAAGAAACAAGGAGACUUGGCGAGUCCGAAGCAGCCGUGCGUGGGGCUGGGAGGCAUGGGGGGCAUGAGCGAGGGGGAGGAGGAGGAGAUCCCUGGCAGUGGGGGCAUCAGCGUCAGCGUCAGCAGCAGCAGCGGAGGCGGCAUCAGUGGGGGCAAAGGAGGGAAGCUGUCGGACAUCUUCUCCACCACCACCACCAUCCCAUCCGUGGACAGCGCCGUGGAUAGCUGGGACGGCCAGUCUGCCAUCGACAACACCUUCAGCACCCAGCCUCCUACAGGCUUCCAGGUGUCCAGCUACAGCUUCCACAGCCACGAGUGGAGGAACGCCAAGCCCAGCCGCGGCAGCUUGUCCCCGGGCAACGGCAGUGGAGGCGCUGGAGUUGGAGGUGGAGGGGGCGUCAGCACCAACCGGGCCCGCACCAACAACAUCCUGCAGGACCUGGGCCUCAGUGAUGACGAGUGGGAGAGACCCCUCACCAGCGGAGGCUCAACUCUCCCCACCGGCCUAAUCUCUGACAGCAGGUUCACAGUGGGUCAUGAUGGCACGGAACCGGACCAGGAGGAGAACUUCUGGUCACAGGCACUGGAGGACCUAGAGACUUGCGGCCAAUCUGGCAUCCUGCGUGAGCUAGAGGCCACCAUCAUGUCAGGCAGCAGCCUGAGCCUGAACCACGACCCGGCACCGACUCGCAGCCACCUGGGGCGGCAGGCCAGCUUCCAGGAGCGCGGCUCCAACCGGCAACAGUACUCACAGGCCAACCGCAGUAACACACUGCCCAGUGACAGCGGCCGCAAGGCCUACAACAUGAGGAAGAUGAAGCAGGAGAUCAAGGACAUCCUGUCCCCUACACCAGUAGAGCUGCACAAGGUGAGCCUGUUUAAGGAGUCAGACCUGGAGGACUUUGGGUUCAGUGUGUCCGAUGGCCUCCUUGAAAAGGGAGUCUACGUCAACAACAUUCGCCCUGGAGGCCCAGCUGAGCUCGGGGGACUGAAGCCUUUCGACAGGCUGCUGCAGAUAAAUCAUGUGCGGACCCGAGAUUUCGACUGCUGCCUCGUUGUCCCGCUGAUCGCCGAGUCUGGCAACAAGCUGGACCUGGUCAUCAGCCGGAACCCGGUCACCACCCAGCCCACCUCUGACCUGGGUCAGCUGCCCGUGGAGGAGCCGGAGAACUGGACGGAGCCAGGCAUGGCGCCGGCAGGGGACGGUCCUCAGCUGGACCCUGGUGUGGGGCUGCAGACUGCUGGACUGGUGGGGGGCGAAGACAGAGACCCUAACAAGACCUUAUAGCAGAGCAGGGCGGAGGACGAGCGUCCAGCGCUCCUCAUGGUGCUAAAAUGUCCGGCGCUCUGUCCCCCCAGCACCCCCAUCCCAACCACCAACCCUGAGCCCCUGAACACCAGGAGACCUGAAAUGGUGGGGGUCUGUGGGCAGGGGUCAGUGAGAGGACAGUUUGUCUAAGCACAUGUAACACUCCUCCCCCUCUCUGUGAACCUACACACACAUACACACACAUACACACACGCACACACACACAUAUACAUACGCAUGUGUCACAGGUCAGGCCCUUUCUCCUAGCACACACCCAGCAUGGAUGUGUUUCUGUCCUGUGACGCCAACUACUGUACAACAACUAUGACGAUGAUGAUGACACUGGAGGAAGACCGCACCGACCUCUUUGGAGUACUGAGUACUGAGACAGACAUUCAAACGCAAACCAGAACUGCAACUGAAACAGUGCCAUCCUUUGUUUUUAUUGUGAAAGGACAAGACUUAAAAAAAAAUACACUGGUGAAAAAAAAAUGAUAUAAGAGCAAGUGGAUUCUCACAGACGUUUACAUGUACUGUUGGACUGGCCACUCUGUAUGUGUGUGAGGGUUUGUUUGAGUGUGUGUGAACGUGUAUUUGUGUGUGUGUUUGUUUGUAGGACCACACUGUAUAGGCCAGAAAACUAUCCCCACUCUCGUUUUUUAUAAAGAGCAUCUCCUGUG